AUGCCACUUAAUAAUACUUUACCUAUUGAUUUUGAUGAGUAUAUAAAAUUAACAAAUAUAUCUCAUUGGAUUUACUCUAUUUGGACGAUAGGAUUUAUAAUCUUUGGUACGAUUGGUAAUAUAUUUUCAUUAAUUAUAUUUGUUCGUUGGAUCGAUCAUUUAUCUAUAAAUAUUUAUUUUAUUGUUUUAUGUAUAGUAAAUAUUUUAAUAAUUAAUAUUGAUAUAACAUAUCAUUAUCUUUUACCAAUUUUAAUUGAUAAUGAAAUAAUAAUAAAAAAUCUUCUUCCUAUAACAUGUAAGUUUAUGUUUUUUCUUACGUAUUUUUUACGUUAUUUAUUCAUUUGGCUUAUUGUUAUGAUUAAUAUUGAUCGUUGUUUAUAUGUUACAGAAAAUUCAUUAAAAUUAAUUUUAUGUCGUCAACAUUCAGCAAAUAUUAUUUGCAUAAUUUUAAUUAGUUUUUCUUUUAUUACUAAUUUUCAUUUUCUUAUAUUUUUUAAUGAUUCAAUUAUUACUGAAAUUUUACCAAAGAAUCAAUGUAUUUUGGAUAAUUUUUAUUAUCAUUGUGAAUCAUCGAAUAGAAAUUAUCAAUAUUUUUUAAAAAGAAUUUGGCCUAUCUAUAAUCUAAUCAUAUUUGCUAUUAUACCAAUUUUGAUUAUAUUUAUUUGUUUUAUACUUAUUAUUCGGAUUGUUUAUUUAACUAGACAAAAUAGAUUUGUUUGUGGUAAACGACGUAGUACAAUUUCCUCAAUUACAUUACAAAAUGAUCGUGAUCAUUCAUAUUCAAUAGCAAAAGUUUUGAUAUGUCUUGAUUUACUUUUUCCAAUGACAGUCUUUCCAAUACUUUUUAUUCAAAUUUACAUAAAUUAUAAUUCACCGAAAACAUGUCAUAACAUUGGUAUUAUUAAUCUGAUUCUUUCUAUUGGUUUUCCUCUAAGUUAUAUUAAGAAUACAUUUGCAUUUCUCAUAUUUUAUUCUACAGGUAGAAAAUUUCGUUGUGCUUUUUCAGCUUUAAUUCGUUGUAGAAACACACUUGCUUAUAGUCAAACUCAUUAA